CACGACGCUCCAUCGGAUAUGCUGCACGACGUAUGUCACAGAUACCGCCAGGGCCUCCAAAGCCUCCACAGAAAGACGCACAGGACCACCCUCCGCCCAGCUCAUUCCCCAGCCUUGAUAUCAUGCCAACAGAAGAACAGGAAGAACCUCGGCGGACGGGUGCACGGUCGCGGGACUCGGUAACAUCUGCAGAGGCUCAGCGGAAGCAGGUAGGAAGGAUCUCGGCUGUUCUAUUAGCGGUGCUGUUUGGAUUCAAUGUCGCGUACAUGUCGAGAGACUGGAGUGAAGAUGAAUUGAAGGACAAAAGAUUGACUUCCGAAAAUGCUCCUUCAACACGAUGGGGAAGAACGAAGGCGCGGUUCAAGUAUAUGCUGGGGUUCUUCAGUGAACCUGCAUGGCCAGAACUUCUGCCUCCCCCAUAUCCAGCUCCGCACCAAAAACCAUAUACAUUAAUUGUAUCUAUCGACGACCUACUAGUUACUUCGAUAUGGGAUCGUCAACAUGGAUGGCGAACGGCAAAACGACCUGGCGUAGACUAUUUCCUUGCUUAUAUCUCUCAAUUCUAUGAAGUGGUAAUAUUUACUACUCAACAUCUUUAUACUGCCGCACCUAUACUCGAUAAACUGGACAAAUACGGAUUUUUCAUAUCCCACCGUCUCCAUCGAGAAGCCACCAGGUCGCUGAACGGACAUGUUGUAAAGGACUUAUCAUAUCUUAAUCGCGAUUUGUCAAAAGUUGUCGUCCUCGACACGAACGCAGAGCACGUUUCCACCCAUCCAGAGAACGCGAUAAUACUCCCCAAAUGGCAUGGGAACGAAAACGAUCGCGGACUGGUAGCUAUGAUCCCCUUCUUAGAAUCAUUAGCCAUCUACAAACCCGCCGACGUCCGUCCUAUCAUAUCGGCGUAUCAAGGGAAGGAUAUCCCCCUGGAAUACGCCAAGAAGGAGGCAGAGGGAAAACAGAGGCAUGUCGAUGAAUGGAAGAAGAAGAAGGGCUCACCGAAUCCUUUUGCCGCCAUGUUUGGCCUGGGCAGCCACACUGAGCCAGUACCACUGACCUAUCUCGAGCAGAAGCGGAAGGAGGCCCAGCGCAACUACCUGGAGGAGCAGGCAUACAUUGAGAAAAAUCGGGAACAGCUGGACAAGUUGCUGGAGCAGGACCGGCAGAUGAUGGCGGCCCAAGUGCCCGGCAAUCUGUGGGACGCUAUCGACCAAAUGAAGGGUGGGCCUCCCAAGUCCAGUGUAGAGGUGGGUAAAGAAGAGAAGGGCAAGGAAGCCCAAUCUCCUGCGCCUUCUGCGAAGUGAAGAACGUUGAUUGCAUUCACACCCAUCUCAAUACAUUAGAUUUUCAUGGAACCAUAGGCAUUAAGAAUAAUCAACUGUUAACACAGCGUAUACAAUAUAAUAAACACAAGAAAGCUUGGACAUACC